AUGAACUCGAUUCGCAGCCUGCGGCCCCUCGCCUCUCGCUUCCAGGCGUCCUCCCUGCCCCAGAUCACCCGGAGCUUCUCUGCCACCGCGGGACGGCGGUAUGAGUACAUCCAGGUGUCAGAGCCCAAGCCGGGUGUUGGCCAAGUAACGCUGAACCGGCCCAAGGCUCUCAAUGCCCUGUGCACCCCUCUUAUCAAGGAGCUUAACCAGGCUCUCGGCGAGCUGAACGCUUCGGACAGCGUCUCCGCCAUCAUUCUCACCGGCUCGCAAAGAGCGUUUGCCGCUGGUGCCGACAUCAAGGAGAUGCAGCCCCUGACUUUCUCCAAGGCCUACACCACGUCUUUCAUCGAGGAGUGGUCCAACCUCACCACCCAGGUCAAGAAGCCCAUCAUCGCCGCGGUAUCUGGUCAUGCCCUCGGUGGCGGCUGCGAGCUCGCCAUGAUGUGCGACAUCCUCUACUGCACGGAGGGCGCCAACUUUGGCCAGCCCGAGAUCAAGCUGGGUACCAUCCCCGGUGCCGGCGGCAGCCAGCGCCUGACCCGAGCCAUCGGCAAGUCCAGGGCCAUGGAGCUCAUCCUGACCGGCAAGCCCUUCUCCGGUGUCGAGGCCGGACAGUGGGGUCUGGCGGCACGGACCUUUGCCACUUAUGAGGAGCUUAUGGAGGGUGCGCUCAAGACGGCCGAGACCAUCGCCGGCUACUCCAGGGUGGCCGUCCAAGCCUGCAAGGAGGUUGUCAACAAGAGCCAGGAUCUGCCCCUGCGCGACGGCGUCGAGUUUGAGAGGAGGGUGUUCCACAGUCUCUUCGGCAGCCAGGACCAGAAGAUCGGCAUGAAGGCGUUUGCAGAGAAGAAGAAGGCCGAAUGGACGCACGAGUAA